CUCUACAACUACCCCCUUCUUAAAAAAUUCAGUUUUGUCCUCAAACAUAAAAAUCAAGCUAAUUAAGCUAACCGCCUCACUGUAUUCAGGAGAAUUUACAUUAACAAGUCACAACAAAUCACCCAAAAAGUCUAUGCACUGUUCAAAAAGUCUAAGUCCAGCCCCUCCAAGUCUACAUCCGGCCCUUCCAGGUAUUCUCCAACCGCUCUGCUGUUCAUCCCCAGCAGAGGAUCCCCGCUCUCCGCCAGCAAUCCUCGGACCAGAGGGGAAUCUGCUAGUUCCGGCCCGUCCUCUAAAUCCCGCAGGGGAUGCACAGCGGCUGUGAGCUGGGGCAUCGAGAUCGAUGCGGGAUCGACCCCCAGCUCCUGCCCC